AUGGAUUCCACCCUCAUCAUUCUUUGGGUGUUUACCUGGAUGGCAAUCGGCUUGAUUGUUCUUCGGCUGCUGCUACGGAAGGUGAAAGGAUUGAAGUUCGUCCUGGGCGAUUAUUUCGCAAUGGGGGCGAUUCUCUGUGCGCUCGUACGCCUCGCCUUGGUCCAUGUUAUUCUCAUCUGGGGAACCAACAAUAUGUCUACCACGUUCAGACAUACGCACCAUUUCACCCCGGAGGAGAUCCGUCGCAGAGAGAUCGCGAGCAAAUUUGUGCUCACGAAUCGAGUGUUCUAUAAUUCCUAUCUCUGGUUGCAAAAGUUGGUUCUGCUUGAUACCUACCGCAGACUGCUCAGGCACCUUCGCUGGGAGAAAGCCACGAUGAUCUCAUACAUUGGCAUAUGCUGUCAGGCACAGCUCCAAUUGAUCGUCCUCGGUGUCCUCAAUGUCAUCACCGAUCUUAUGCUUAUCGCCUUGCCGAUCCCAAUUCUGGUUCUGGUUAAACGAUCCACUGUUGAAAAACUCCAGCUAGCGGUCCUCUUCGCCGUCGGCCUCUUUAUCGUGGCAAUCACCAUCGCUAGACUACCUCAAAACGCCAAGAAUCCCACUGCACAAGUGAAUAGAACGACUUGGGCGUCCAUUGAGUUACUCGCUGCCGCUAUCGUCGCCAACGCUCCCGUCCUGUACGGACUCCUGAAGGGACACAGCCAAAGGUCCAAGUACGCCGCAUCAGGAGCCGGAUCAACAGGGCCGUCGUCGCAGGGACUCCAAAAGAGAUCAGCAAACGAGCCCGAAUUCGAACUGCAAGGGACCCGUCACAUUCCAGAGUCAUGGCCAGAACAGCACAGACCGCCCGGCGUGAUGAUGAAAGUCCCGAAUGGCAUCAGCGGUAAACUAGGCCCAUGCCUAGAGAUCUACACAAGUACUCAGCCCAACGCCUUUGGAUGCGUCGAGCAUCAACGACGUGGGAUCGCCUACCGCAAGAGACUGCACGCGGCUUUUGAUGAGCAGCCUAACUGCUCUAACUAA